GUAAGUCGAUCACCGAUUGAGUCGAUGCUGCUGCUGUGUAAACGCCUGUCACACAGGGAGGGAAGUAACCUUAUCAAACGCGUAUGUGGCAUUUUAGCGCGUUCCCUGUGACAGGGUCGCUGCUCUUCACGAGUCACAAUGGUGUUUGAGUCUUUAGUCAGCGAUCUCUUAAACAGGUUUAUAGGAGACUAUGUGGAAAACCUGGACAAGUCGCAGCUGAAGAUUGGGAUAUGGGGAGGAAAUGUUGUGUUAGAAAACCUGAGGGUGAAAGAAAAUGCAUUGAGUGAAUUUGAUGUCCCUUUUAAAAUAAAAGCUGGUCAAAUUGGUAAACUGACCCUGAAGAUCCCUUGGAAAAACCUUUACAAUGAGGCAGUGGUGGCUACGUUAGAUGGUUUAUAUCUUCUUGUGGUUCCCGGUGCAACGAUUAAGUAUGAUGCAGCCAAAGAGGAGCGUUACUUGCAGGAGGCCAAGCAAAAGGAGCUGCAACGCAUUGAGCAAACCUUGCAAAUGGUUGCACACAGAGGCUCUCAGGAUGGAGAGCUUGUGUUUAAUCUGGAGAAUUAUGUGUAUAAGAACCCACGGGACAAAGGACGUAAGCUUAAAAAGCAUAAAAAACCCUUUAGGAGAUCUAAAAAGCAUGAACAUAAAGCAGAAAAGCCACAGGAGGAAAAGAAAGACACAUUCGCUGAGAAACUGGCUACACAAGUUAUCAAAAACCUUCAAGUAAAAAUCACCAGUAUUCACAUCAGAUAUGAGGAUGAUGUGUCGGACCCUCAGAGACCCCUUGCUAUGGGCAUGACUCUUUCUGAACUCAGUUUACAGACAACAGAUGAAAACUGGAAGACAUGUAUUUUAAACGAAGCAGCCAAGAUCAUAUACAAGCUGGGGCGCCUGGACUGUUUUUGUGCUUAUUGGAAUGUCAACAGCCCGAUCUUCUAUAGGGAAUCAUGGGAGGAGAUAGUGAGCAAACUGAAAGCAGGAAUCAGCACAAGAAAUGAGGAACUGCAAGGUUAUCAAUACAUUUUCAAACCCAUUUUCGCCUCUGCAAAGAUGUGCAUCAACCCCAAUGCUGAAGUUGAGCUCAAAUCACCCAAAGCAAAUCUGCACCUUGAGGUUCAGAACAUUGCAAUAGAGAUGACUAAACCUCAGUACCUGUCUAUGGUGGAUCUUCUGGAGUCUGUAGACUUUAUGGUGAAGAACAUCCCAUACAGAAAGUUCAGGCCUGAUGUUCCGGUCCACAAAAACGCAAAGGAUUGGUGGAAAUACAGUAUCAGGAGUAUACUGGAGGUGCAUAUCAAACGCUUCAACAAGAUGUGGAGCUGGAAAAACAUCAAGAAGCACAGGGACACGCUUAAGGCCUACAAAGUUGCGUACAAAUGCAAACUUACACAGGGAAAGGUCAAAGAGGACACAGAGAAACAGAUCCAGGAGCUGGAGAAGGCUCUGGAUGUGUUCAACAUUGUUUUAGCCAGACAGCAAACUCAGAUGGAGGUGGGACAGAAGCUUGUCGCUAAAAAGUCUGCCACUCCGAAACAGAGCGGAGGAGGCUUUUUUAGUAGCUUUUUUGGCAAGAAAGAAGGAAAGAAAAAGGAGGAAGAAGAGGAAAAAGAGGCAGAGAGUAUAGAUUCUCUCAUGACCUCUGAGGAAAAGGCCAAACUCUACACAGCCAUUGGCUACAGUGAAAGCUCACAUAACCUUGCCUUACCAAAGCACUAUGUAGCAAUAGUCGUCACCUUUAAGCUGUUGAGCACCUCAGUAACACUCAGAGAGAGGCCCGGCGUUCCCGAGAUCCUCAAAGUGCAAAUAAUCGACCUCAGUACGGCCAUCUCACAGAGACCUGGAGCCCAGGCCAUCAAAGUGGAGGCUAAGCUGGAGCACUGGUAUGUGACUGGCCUUCAACAGCAGGGCGAGGUGCCAUCUCUCAUAGCGUCUGUGGGAGGCUCAGACUCCUCGUUGCUCAGUGUGCUUUUUGAGCUCAACCCGGAGAACAGCAAUGCCGACCAGCUCCUCAGAGUCCAUUCGCAGCCUGUGGAGAUCAUCUAUGAUGCUCUGACCGUCAUCAGCAUCACAGAAUUCUUUAAGACGGGUAAAGGAGUUGACCUGGAGGCCAUCACCUCAGCAACACUCAGCAAACUUGAGGAGAUCAAAGAGAAGACGGCUGCCGGUUUGUCUCACAUUAUUGAGACACGUAAGGUGUUUGACUUGAGGAUUGAUCUUAAACCCUCCUACCUGCUACUGCCCAAGUCUGGCUUCUAUGACAGCAAAUCAGACCUCAUGAUCGUUGAUUUUGGUUACCUGCAGUUAAACAGCAUAGAUCAAGGCAGUCAUCAGCAGGUAUCUGCCAGUUUCUCAUCUCUAGAGGAAAUAAUGGAUCGAGCAUAUGAAAGAUAUUCCUUGGAGCUUCGCAGUGUCCAGAUACUGUACAGCAAGUCAGGAGAGAAAUGGAAAAAUGCUCGUCUUCAGGGUUCCUCCCAUCAGCACAUCCUUCAGCCAAUGGACUUCACUCUUCAGCUGGCUAAAUGUAUGGUAGACAAUGAUUCACGUAUGCCCAGGUUCAAAGUGUCUGGAGAGUUGCCCUUGCUGCAUGUCAAGAUCUCGGAUCAGAAGAUUAAGGAUGUUCUGCAGCUCGUGGACAGCGUUCCUCUCCCACAGACUAACUCAAGCCCACCAUCCACGCCUAUAGGAAAGGUGUUGGCGAUGCCCCUAUCUGAUGCCAGACCAAAUGUGUUGGGCUUAGACCCUGCAGUUUUGUCCUAUACUGUUGAGUCAGACUCUGAAGGAGACACCAGUGAGAGGUCUGUGGAUGAAGACACUCUCAGAUCAACCCAGGAAGAGCUUACAGAAGUGCAGUUUCAGUUUGAAGUCAAGGCGGUGUUGUUGGAGCUGACCAGGCAGGCCGCCCAUGAGGACGUGGUGUUGGCAUUAAAUGUGUCUCAACUGGGUGCAGAGGGCAAGAUAAGAACUUUUGAUCUCACUGUCACAUCUUACCUCCGCAAGAUCAGCCUCGACUACUGUGAGAUAAAAGAUGCACAAAAUCAGCCCCUUCAUUUAAUUACCUCUUCAGACAAGCACGGCUCUGAUCUAUUGAAAGUGGAGUUCAUCAAAGCUGAUGUGAAUGGGCCCAGUUUCCACACAUCCUUUAACAACACAGAACAAACACUGAAGGUGGAGUUUUCCUCUUUGGACUUUCUGUUGCACACUAAAGCUUUGCUUUCCACCAUCAACUACAUGAACUCAGCAUUACCAGAUGAGAUUACAGCCUCCAAAGAGAGAGAAACCAAGAGACAGACUGAGAAAGCAGCAGGGAAAACAGUGUCCAAGGGCUCAAAGGAUUCUGGUGUUGUGAACUUUAAGCUGUCUGCCAUGCUUGGUUCCUUCAGAGUGUCUGUCUGUGAUGACAGAAGCAACAUUGCUGACAUCCGAGUCCAAGGGAUUGAUGCAUCUGUGGAAGUCCAGGCCAAAGUAACUGAGGUCUUUGGUCGUCUGCGUGAUAUUGUGGUUCUUGAUGUGGAUCCAAAGACCAUUCAUAAAAAGGCGGUGUCAAUUGUUGGAGAGGAGGUGUUCAGUUUUAAGAUGACUCUCUAUCCCGGAGCGACAGAAGGUGAUGGUUACUCUGACACAUCCAGAGUGGAUGGAAAAGUCAUCCUGAGGCUGGGCUGCAUUCAGAUCGUCUACCUACACAAGUUCCUCAUGUCUUUAUUGGAAUCUUUUAGCUAUCAGUAUCCCUCUGCUGAUGAGAUGUUUGUGGAUAACUUCCAGACCGCUAAAGAUGCUCUGAGCGCUGCCACGGCUCAGGCCGCCGAGAAAGCAGCUUCCAGUGUGAGAGAUUUUGCUCAGAAGAGUUUCAGACUCGCCAUGGACAUCAAACUGAAGGCCCCUCUUAUCAUCAUCCCCCAGUCCUCUACAUCCCAUAAUGCAUUCGUGAUUGACUUGGGUCUCAUAACUGUUGGAAACAGCUUCUCGCUGCUGGCAGCUGAGGGCUUUACCUUGCCUGCUGUUUUGGAGACCAUGGAUGUAAAACUCACACAACUCAAACUGUCUAGGACCGUUUUGAAGCAUGAUGAUGCUCAUCCUAAUAUAGAUAUUCUGGACCCCAUCAAUUUAGAGCUACUGGUCAAGCGUAAUUUGGCUGCUGCCUGGUUCAACAAGAUUCCAGGAAUGGAGGUCAAAGGAGUACUGAAGUCAAUGAACAUGACUCUUAGUCAAGAGGACACUGGGGUUCUAAUGAGUGUCCUAACUGAGAACAUUGGUGAAGGAAGCAAAGCUGCUGCUGUGAAAGAAACGAAAACUUUUACUAAAGAUGAAGCCGUUACAAAUGAAGGACUGGUAAAUGCACUUUCUGUUGAGACGGGAAGUCAAGCUGCUAUCACUAAUGGCACUUUCAGUGAGAAUGUCAUCAACGUGCUGCUCAAUUUUGAAAUCAAGGAGGUUAUGCUGAAAUUAAAGAAGUCCAAACAUGUGAAGGAAGGUCCCUUUCUGGUCCUGCAUGUAGCUCAGCUUGGAAUCGACACCAAAGUUAGAAAAUAUGACAUGGAGGCGACAACAUAUAUUAAAACCAUCUCCAUGAAGUGCUUGGAGUUCCCUGAUUCAAAUGGGGAACCACUCUGUAUCAUCAGUUCCUCAGCAGAAUCAGGAACCGAUCUUCUUGAAGUCAAGUAUUUUAAGGCUGAUCGAAAUGGGCCCAACUUUGCUAGUGUCUACAACAAUACUGAGCAGAUGAUCAAUGUGAUGUUCUCCUCACUAGACUUGAUGCUGCAUACUGAGGCUCUUCUCUCUACUAUGGACUUUCUAUCUGCUGCCCUGUCCAGCAGCAGUCUCCCUUCACCAGAUAGAGAAAGCAAAAAGACGGAUGACAUAAGAACAACCUCAACCAAAUCCACUGCACUGAGCUCCCCCUCUGAUGGUGACAUCAUUGACCUCAAGGUGAACAUGCAGCUGGGUGCAUUUAAUGUUUUGGUGUGUGACCAGAAGAGCAACAUGGCAGACAUCAAGAUUCAGGGUUUGGAUGGUUUUCUCCAAAUGCAGGGAACUCAGACACACAUGUCUACACGUCUGCGUGACUUCAUCGUCAUCAAUGUGGAUCCUAAAACAGUUCACAAGAAGGCGAUCUCUAUCGUAGGCGAUGAGGUGUUUAGCUUUAGCAUGAGUCUCACACCUAAAGCCACUGAGGGGGCUGGAUAUGCAGAUACUUCAAAGGUCGACGGCAAAGUUAAACUCAACGUGGGCUGUAUUCAAGUGGUCUACCUGCACAAAUUUGUCAUGUCAUUGCUUAAUUUCAGUAACAACUUCCAGACAGCUAAAGAGGCUCUGAGUGCUGCCACGGCUCAGGCCGCUGAGAAAGCAGCUUCCAGUGUGAGAGAUUUUGCUCAGAAGAGUUUCAGACUCGCCAUGGACAUCAAACUGAAGGCCCCUCUUAUCAUCAUCCCCCAGUCCUCCACAUCCCAUAAUGCCGUGGAGGCGGACUUGGGGCUCAUUACUAUAGGAAACGGUUUCUCUCUGCUCCCAGUGGAAGGUCGUCCGCUGCCUGCUGUCAUUGAUAAUAUGGAUAUAGAGCUCACUCAGCUGAAACUGUCAAGAAUUUCCAUGAAGCAGGACUCAAACCAACCCAGCACCAAACUUUUGGAGCCAGUUAACCUGGUUCUGUCUGUCAAACGUAAUCUGGCAGCGUCGUGGUACCAGAAGAUGGCUGCCAUAGAGGUGGAUGGAGAUCUAAAGCCAAUGAAGGUGGCCUUGAGUCAAGAUGACCUGACUGUGCUCUUGCGGAUUUUAAUGGAGAACAUUGGAGAGGCGAAUGCUGUUCAGCCCGAUGCACAGAUCGGCUCAGAUGCGGCCCUCAAACAAGAGAUCGUGCAGGUCAAAGCACGUACACAGACUGGGUCAGAGAUUGUGGUAGAGAAGCUGCUUGAAAGUAAACCAAAGGAGGCAGAGCUGUUGGAGAGUGUCAAGUUCAACUUUAAUGUAGAUUCACUUGGGCUCAUGCUCUAUAGUAAUGACCCUACACAGCCUUCUGCACAUGAGGAGCAGUUGUGUUUAGGGGAAUUCAUGCUGUGUAAAAUGAAUACUUCAGGCACAAUGUUUAGUAAUGGCAAUCUGGAGGUCUCCACCACCCUCACCACCUGUACGCUGGACGACAUGAGGAGUGGUACUAAGAGAGUCACAUCCAGGAUGCUGGGAAGGCGUGAUGAAAAGACCUCAGAUCCGAUGAUUGAUGUGAAAUACGUUCAGAGUGCAGAUGAACGCUCCGUGGUUGCUGUACUACAGAAGCUUUAUCUGUGUGCUAGCGUGGAGUUUCUUUUGGCUGUUGGUGACUUUUUCGUACAAGCCAUGCCCACGAGCCCACCUGCACAGCGAGACAAAGCCAAUCAGUUGCCUUUGAAACACGUCUCAGAACCCACAAUUCAGAGUGAACCUGGUGCAGUUCCAGCUCAGAAAACCACGUUGCGGGCGGUUGUAGUGGACCCAGAGGUGGUGUUUGUGGCUAACCUGAUGAAGGCAGAUGCUCCUGCGUUGGUAGCUUCAUUCCAGUGUGACUUCAGCCUCCUGUCUGAAGACAUCGGUCAGACUAUGAAGGCCAGCAUUAGGAGCCUCAAAGUUCUUGCCUGCCCCUUUAUUAGGGCAGAUGGUGACAAGGCCGUGACCACAGUACUGAGACCAUGUUCUGUUGAACUUGAGACUAAAAUGCCAACCAAUGCCCCAUUAACUGGUUCAGUAACUGUACAAGAGGUCAUAGUAAAGAUCUCUCCUAUCAUUCUUAACACUGUCAUUACCAUCAUGGCGGCCAUGACACCCAAACCAAAGGAAGAACCAUCGCAGCAGACGACCGAAGACCUGAACAGUCUUUGGUCCGUGUUGAACGUUGCUAACGCUAACUACUGGUUCCUGGGUGUUGACACCGCCUCUGAGGUCACUGAGAGCUUCAAGGAAGUGGUCAGCAGCAAGAAUGGGGAGAGUUUUGGGGUUAACGUAAAGGUGGUGCAGGUUACACUAGAGUCAGGUUUAGGACAUAGGACCGUUCCUCUGCUGAUUGCCGAAUCUUCCUUCACUGGCAGCGCUCACAACUGGUCGUCAUUGCUCAGUGUCUCUGCAGAUAUGACACUGGAGGUGAAUUAUUAUAAUGAGACUCAUGCAGUCUGGGAGCCACUGCUUGAGAGAGUGGACAAUGGAAAACGAAGGUGGAACCUUAAAUUAGAGAUGAAGAAUAACCCUGUUCAAGAUAAAAGUCCAGUUCCUGGGGAUGAUUUUAUUAUGCUGCCAGAACCUCGCACAGCCAUCACCAUAUGUUCCAAAGACACCAUGAACAUUACGGUGUCCAAAUGCUGCCUCGGUGUCUUCAACAACCUGGCUAAGGCAUUCUCCGAGAGCACAGCAUCCACAUUCGACCACUCUCUGAAAGAGAAAUCUCCCUUCACUAUUCGUAAUGCAUUAGGCAUUCCUCUCAUCAUUCAGCACAGCUCUAAUCUGCGCCUGGCUGGCUCAUCCUCAUCGGUUAAACUACACGAAUUACCUGUGGAUAAGAGUGUGGAUUUUGAACAUUCCACCUUUGAGCAUUCAUCACGACUUUCUGCCCUGCAGAGGCAGGAAAGCUGCCUGUUCAAUCUCAGCAUAGUUCCCUCAGGUUACAGUGAGAUGUCAAAUAUUCCCCUGGGUAAACCCAGUCGCAGACUCUAUAAUGUUAGAAGCCCCAUGAAUGAUGAAGCCGUGUCCAUACUGCUUCAAAUCGAUGCCAGUGAGGGCAAUAAGGUCAUCACAGUUCGCUCCCCGCUGCAGAUAAAGAACCAUUUCUUGGUGCCUUUUGCCAUUCUGAAGUAUUCUUCUGAGCUUGGAGUGCUGGUUAAUGUAGGAGUUGCUGAGCCUGAGAAAGAGUGUCAUGUUCCUUUAGAAGCUUACAGGAGUCAGUUGUUUUUGCUGCCUCUCGGUCCUUUAGAAGAUCAGUAUCAUUCGUCAACCACGUACAUCGCAUGGAAGGAGCAUGUUCACGUAAGCUCAGAAGUUCAAGCAGUGCUGCAGUGUCCCGCCAUGGAUAGCAGCUUCCCGCCGGUGGUGGUGAACACGCUGGCUGUGCCGGAUGAACUGAGUCACAUUGCCAGCCAUGGUGAGGAGGACUGGGACCCAGCUUAUGUCAUCCACCUGCACCCAACAGUUACCAUCAAAAACCUUCUGCCUUACUCAAUACGCUACCUGCUGGAGGGUUCACCUGAUUUCUACGAGCUUCAGGAGGGCAGUACGGCAGAUGUGCUAAACUCUCAGAUCAAUGGCGAAAUUAUGGAGUUUGUGUUGAGCAAAUACCAAGGGCGCAACUGGAGCGGCCGAAUGAGGAUUAGUAAGGACAUGCCAGAGUUCUUUUCUGUUUGCCUGACCUGCGACACCUCCGAGGAUCUGACCGUGGACGUUUGCGUCCAUGUGUCUCGCGUGAGUGGCAAAAUGAUCCUGUCCAUCUACAGUCCGUACUGGAUCAUCAAUAAGACGUCCCGCGUGCUACAGUAUCGCGCUGAAGACACGUGUGUCAAACACCCGUCUGACUUCAGAGACGUCAUUCUGUUCUCCUUCAAAAAGAAGAAUUUCUUCACCAAGAAUAAGCUGCAGCUCUGUGUGUCCACCAGCUCCUGGUCGGAUGGCUUCUCGCUGGACACAGUUGGCAGUUACGGGUGUGUGCGGUGUCCAGACAGAGCCGGAGACUACCUGGUGGGGGUCAGCAUCCAGAUGAGCAGCUUUAAUCUGACACGGAUCGUAACCAUGAGUCCUUUCUACACGCUGGUCAACAAGUCCUCGUUUGAGCUGGAGGUUGGAGAGGUGCAGAAUAACAAUGACUUCAGCAACAAAUGGCACUACAUCUCCUCUACUGAGUGUUUGCCUUUGUGGCCUGAGUCGAGCACAGGGAAGCUGUGUGUACGAGUUGUGGGAUCUGAAUCGACCUCCAAAUCGUUCUUCUUUAACAAGCAGGAUAAUGGGACUCUACUGUGCAUGGAUCAGUAUGGUGGUGUAAUAGUGGAUGUGAAUAUCUCAGAUCACUCCACUGUCAUCAGCUUUACUGAUUACUAUGAUGGAGCUGCACCUGCUCUUCUUGUGAACCACACACCUGCUGCCACUAUCAACUUCAAACAGAGUGGCUGUGAAAAGUCUUGGGCACUUCAACCCGGUGAAGCCCAGCGGUUUGCAUGGGAUGAUCCAGCAGGUGUGAGAAAGCUUUGUUGGAGCUGUCAGGACCAUUCUGGAGAACUGGAUCUUGUGAAGGAUGAAUGUGGGCAGUUUUCUUACCAAAACUUAGUUGAGAUACACUGGGUGUCUUUCCUGGAUGGUCGACAACGGGUGCUGAUCUUUAGAGACGUCGGCAUAGUGACAAAGGCAAGGCAGGCAGAAGAGCUGGAGCAGUUUCAACAAGAAGUCAAUAUCUCGUUACAGAACUUAGGCCUGUCACUCAUCAACAGUGACCUCAGGCAGGAGAUUGCAUACGUUGGCAUUACCAGUUCUGGUGUUGUCUGGGAGAUGAGACCAAAGAACCGAUGGAAGUCAUUUAAUCACAAGAACAUUGCACUACUGGAAAAGGCCUACCAGAACUAUAUCAGCAAAAAGAGUGAACCAGACUGGAUUAAACUGGAAACUGGCUUAGAGGUGAACUUUGGGAGGGUGCCCAUGUUAAUGAGACAGCCGUUUUUGUCCACCAUAAGGAGAAACUUUUUGCCCGGCAUUCACGUUGAGUUGAAACAGUCGCCACAUCAGAGGAGUUUACGCGCACAGCUGCACUGGCUUCAGGUGGAUAAUCAGCUGGCUGGAGCAAUAUUUCCCACUGUGUUUCAUCCCGUUCCUCUUCCAAAGUCUAUUGUUCAAGACUCGGAGCCAAAGCCAUUUAUUGACGUGAGCGUCAUCACAAGGUUUAAUGAGCACAGCCAAGUCAUGCAGUUUAAGUACUUCAUGGCAUUAGUGCAGGAGAUGGCAGUAAAGAUUGAUCAGGGUUUUUUGGGGGCGAUCCUCGCCCUGUUUACGCCCACCACUGACUCCCAGGACAGCAAAGAGAAGAAUAAGCUGAUAGAGAAGGAUCUGGACGCAUUACAGGCUCAGCUGAUGGAGAGCUCCAUGACAGACACCUCAGGCUUGAGCUUCUUCGAGCAUUUCCACAUCUCACCCAUUAAACUGCAUCUGAGUCUGUCUUUGGGCUCCAGUGGAGAUGAGUCUGAGCAGGGCGAUAUGGUCGCCAUCCAGUCUGUCAACCUCUUGCUCAAAAGCAUUGGUGCCACGCUCACAGAUGUGGACGACUUGAUCUUUAAACUGGCUUAUUUUGAGGUGAAAUAUCAGUUUUACCGGCGAGAGAAACUGAUGUGGGCAGUAAUCAGACACUAUUCUGAACAAUUCCUGACACAAAUGUACGUGCUGGUUUUGGGUUUGGAUGUUCUUGGAAAUCCAUUCGGACUGAUCCGUGGGUUGUCAGAAGGAGUAGAGGCUUUCUUUUACGAGCCCUUCCAGGGGGCUGUUCAAGGACCUGAAGAAUUUGCAGAAGGUUUUGUUAUUGGUGUCCGUAGUUUACUGGGACACACAGUUGGGGGCGCAGCUGGGAUGGUGUCUCGUAUAACAGGCUCUGUAGGCAAAGGUUUGGCUGCUAUCACUAUGGACAAAGAGUAUCAGCAAAAGAGGAGGGAGGAGAUGAACAGACCCACUAAAGAUUUUGGAGAGAGUCUGGCUAAAGGAGGCAAAGGCUUUCUCAAGGGAGUGGUUGGUGGAGUAACAGGAAUUGUGACCAAACCGGUGGAAGGUGCAAAGAAAGAGGGGGCUGCAGGCUUCUUCAAGGGCAUUGGGAAAGGCCUAGUUGGAGUGGUUGCCAGGCCUACAGGGGGCAUCGUAGACAUGGCAAGCAGCACUUUUCAAGGCAUUCAGAGGGUGGCUGAAUCAACUGAAGAGGUGACUAAAUUACGGCCAGUACGUCUGAUACGAGAGGAUGGCAUCAUACGACCAUAUGACCACCAUGAAUCUGAGGGCUAUGACCUCUUUCAGAGAUCUGAGAUUAAAACACUGGAUGGAGAGAUCUUCAGAGAACAUUAUGAGUAUCCAGGGCACAAAAAAACAAACAUCGUUAUAACCAACAGGAGGGUGAUGUGUGUUAAGGAAAUCGAUUUAAUUGGACAUUUUAAUAAAGAAUGGGAAUGCCAGUUUGAGAAUUUCCUAAGGCGUCCAUGUGCCGAGGGAGAAGAUUUAAAGAUUUAUUACCGGGAACAGAACAAACUAAACAUCAUUAGGAAGGAUGGACAGGAAUCAAUAAGAGUCAUACACAUGAAAAAUGCAGACAUGGCCGAGAAAAUGCAAGAAGGUAUCGAGAAAGCCCAGACUGCACGCCAGCUGCAUCGGAUGGUUCGACAGAAGUCACAGCGAUUUAUCAAAAUGGGCAACAACUAAAUCAGUCAGUCUAGUUACAUAAACUUGCUGCUGCCUGAACUAUAUGCCUAAAAUCUGAUUCAUUUACUGCCUAGCACUUAAAGUAUCAAAUAAAGUAUGUAUAUGUUUUGUUUAAAAAUAAGUGUUAAAUUCCCUGGUGUUUUGAUGUAUCACUGAAUUUUUGAUUUGUUGAUGUAUCGCUUGAUUUGUUGAGUUUUGUAUGAAUAACAGGAUUAUGCAAAUGUCCAUAUAUUUUUUGUUUUGUUUUUUGGUCAGUCUGGAAGCUUAGAAUAGAGAAAACAAAUAAGAUGGAAAAAAGAUUAUUUUGUUAAAAGGAUUUGUUACAAAAAAUAAAGUAGUAAUGUAAUGACUUUGCAAUUUAGCUCAGAAAGUUCACCCAAAAAUGAAAAUUCAGUUUUCAUCUACUUGCCCUCUUUUUUUUGCAAACCUGUGGUUGUAUUUUUCCAUGGGACACAAGAGGAGAUGCCCAGAUUAUUAGGGACAGACUUCCCCAAUGCACUUUCAUUGUAAAAAAAAAAAGAAAAUAAGACUGACAGUAUUCAUCAGUUUCUCUUCUUGUGUUCAAUUGAACAAUGAAUGUUAUGAGGGAGAGUAAAUGAUAACAGUUUAAUCGGUCGAGAACCUAUUCUGUCAAAAAAUUAAAGAUCCAUUUGCACUAAACACUAAAUCCUGUAAAGUAUUUUUUGCAUACAGUACUAUUACUCAAUAAAUAAAUACACAAAAAUGGUGAUAUACUGCA